AUGCAUGAAGAUAAUAAUUCGGUCAUUAUGGUCGGGCUCUAUUAUGGAUUUCUGACCACUUUCACCAUUGGGCCCUCUUAUCUCUUCCUUCUCCGAGCUCAGUUGGAAGAAAGAACCAAGAAGGAGGUAUCAGCAACAACUGAUUUUAUUAUGGGACAACUCAUGAUGUUCAUAUCAUUCUAUUAGGUGCAUAUGCAUCUAGCAUUGGGUAGACCUCAUACAAUAACUGUCCUAGUUCUACCGUAUCUUUUGUUUCAUUUCUUCAAUCAUAAAAACUUUUUUGAUUAUGGAUCUACUACCAGAAAUUCAAUGCGUAAUCUCAGCAUUCAAUGUUUUUGUUGGUUGGUUAAUUGGUCACAUUUUAUUCAUGAAAUGGCUAUUCGAUCUAAUAAGUAUCUUGUGUCAGAAUUGAGAAAUUCUAUGGCUCGAAUCUUUAGCAAAAUUUCUUUUCCUAUUAUCACUAAGAAACUGAAAGAGAAAGAAACUUUAGAAAUGGAAGAAGGGGGACAAAGAAAGGAAUAAAGCGAUGUAGAAACAACUUCCAAAAUGAAGGAGACUAAACAUGAACAAGAGGGAUCCACCGAAGAACCCUUCCCUUUUUUCGGAAGAAAGGGUGUGGAUCUUGACAAAAUAGAUGAAACAGAAGAGAUCCAAGUGAAUGGAAAGGAAAAAAAAAACAAGGAUAGAGAAAUCCAUAUUAAAUGCGCCUAUAAUGGAGUUCAAUUAUUAGAAACAAAAUUUCCCCAAUAUUGGUUAAAAGAUGGUAUUCAUAUAAAUAUUCUAUAUCCUUUAUAUCUAAAAUCUUAG